AAAAAAACAAGUUAUUCGUUGUUUAUAAUGCUUCUAUGUUCAACUGGGACCAAUCAAAUCAUUUAUUAUAGAGUCGCGUUGGCACACGAUGUGUCCUCAGUACACAGUCGUGGAAUAAUGUUGCUGCAUAGGCCCAAAGAUAUCAGUAGCGAAUGCGCCUUCUCACAAAAACUAAGAUACGACAUCUCCUUUGGUGGUGGUAUGUCCGACACCAUCACCUUGGUACUACGUACAUUAAGUGAAAUCGACUACGAGUGUCAAAUAGAAAUUGUGACGGAUAGAAACGUCCCAAACAUAAUAAUAGUUAUCAGAUUCCCCAACUACGUCGGAACCAUCUGUCAGGCCAACCCCCACGGGUUCAUGCUGCUGAAGAAAGACCGGUGUUACCUCCUAUGUGACCAAGUCGAGGAGAAAGAAUUUUAUACUUAUUACUUCGUUACGGUCGUCUCGCGUCGAUUCCGGUUCACCUUCAUUAACAACAGCAGCAUCAAUAGCGACAUGGACGCUAACAUGUACGAGGUGACAGCGACUUCAGCUCGAGUAUUGGGAGAUAAUGAGACAUGUCGCGAGUUCCUUAAUGAAACCAAAUGUACCAUUGACAAUGAGAAUUUCUGCGUUACGAACGGGGUCGUCUGUGAUGGGAUCAAUAACUGUGGAGCUAAAGAUUGGUUCGACGAAAAGUUAUCCGGUUGCUCAAUGGAAGCUCAAACGCUGGGGAUUACGCCUGUGAUCGCCAUCGGCUCGUUGGCCGUGUGUGCACUGCUCAUCAUGAUACACAUGCUGCUGCACUAUCUGCCACCCCUGGCCAAGUCCUUUUUUAUCUUCAAUGCGAACGAGGACAACAGAUUCUGUAUCGACCCUACUCUUAAACCACCGUUCCAUAAGAUGAAUGACGAUCAUUUCUCGACAAGAAGUAAAUCACUAGUGCCGGUUUUCUCCAGUACUUCGUCAUCUGGCGAUGAAGAAGAAGAAAGCAAGACAUAUAAGUCAGACCAAGUCCCGUCUACUUCCAGUAUUAAACGCGAUUUAAGGGAAGAACUUCAGAAGAAGUCAGCACUUCAAUUGAUUUCGGGGACAUUCCGCUCAGUGGCUGAAAAACUUUGGUUGCCUCUUCCGUCACCCCGCCCCCAGCGGUCGCAGCAGAAUUAAUCGGGAGCAGACGAAAUCUCACCCGAUAGAAAA